AUGGUCGUUGGCAUUCCAGCGGUAGCUCUGCCGUCUCCAACCACCAUCACCUCCCCUUCCACUUCGUCCACCUCCUCCUCCCUUACCUCGCCAAGUCGUGUCGGCGACAUCGUUGGUGCCGUCAUUGCAGCGAUCGUCGCUGCUGGAUGUAUAGCCGGCGUGACAUGGUGGGUGUGGAGGAGGAAAGCGAGGAUGGCGAGUCGGUCGAGUGUGAUUGUCGAAGAAGUCCUCCCUGAACCAUCAGCACCAACUCCUCCGCCUCCAACUUACCCACCUCCCUCCUUCCCUCUAUCCUCUCGUACUCCCUCCCUCCCUUUCCGCUCCCUCCUCGCCGCCUACCUCUCCCGCCGCCCUCCUGCAUCGGCCGCCGCCACAUCAGUCACAGCAGCAGACGGGAGAGCCGAACCGCCGCGGUAUAAGGAGGAUUGGGACGAGGAGGAGAAAGUUGAGGGGCUGAAGAAGUUGGAUGCGAGGGAGGGGUCGGUAGAUAUGCCCCGAGUAGCGGUGUGA